AUGGCAGACGGCAAUAGUCCCUUGAGCGGAGUUCGAGUAAUUGACCUGGGGCGCCACCAGGCCGGCCCCCGCUGCGCCCAGGUUCUGGCCCGGCUGGGCGCCGAGGUAAUCAAGGUGGAGCGGCUGGGCGGCGAGGAGACCCGCUACCACGGCCCCUGGGUCCGGAAGCAGAGCGCCUACUGGGUGCAGUACAACAGUGGCAAGAAGAGCCUGAGCAUGGACCUGCGCAAGGAAGAGGGUAAGGAAGCCCUGCGCAAGCUGAUCAGGAUUUCCGACGUGAUACUUCAGAACUUCCGCCCCGGCACCAUCGAAAAUAUGGGCUUCGGCUACGACGUAUUGAAGGAACUGAACCCCCGCAUCAUCAUGGUCAACGUCUCGGCCUACGGCCAGUUCGGUCCCUACCGUGAGCAGAUCGGCUACGACCCCAUCGGCCAGACCAUGUCGGGUAUUGCCAUGGUUACCGGCGAGGAGGGGAUGCCCCCCAUUCGGGCCGGCGUACCUAUCAUCGACCGCACGACCGCCCUUCACGCCGCCAUUGGCACCCUGGCCGCCCUGCAGGAGCGGGAGCGUUCCGGCGAGGGCCAGAGCAUCGAUGUCUGCCUGGCCGACACCGGCUACAGCUACACUGAGAUUCCUGUAACCGCCUAUCACGGCGCCGGCAUCGAGCCCAGGCGGGGCGAGUCCGCCGCGCCUCCCAGUGGUACCUACCCCUGCAAGGAUGGCUGGGUACUUAUUUCCGCCGGCGACCAGCACCACUGGCACCGGGUCUGCAACGCCCUGGGCAAGCCGGAAUGGCUGGAGGACCCGCGCUUCACCACCCGCCCCGAGCGGGGCCGCAACGGCUCGAUAAUCAACGACGCCAUGCGGGAACUGAUGGAAAACAUGACCAUGAAGGAAGUCAUCGCCCACUUCACCAACCACGACGUGGUGGCGGCGCCGGUGAACACCAUCGCCCAGGCUGCAGCCGACCCCCACCCCUGGGAGCGGGGCGCGCUGCAAGAGGUACCCGACUUCCUCGCCGGCACCAUCGCCGUAUCCGGAGACUUCUGGCACUUCAGCCGCACCCCGGUGGUGGUCGGCUCCACCCCCCAGGUGGGUGAGCAUAAUGAGGAAGUCCUCGGCGGCCUGCUGGGCUACUCGGAAGAGGAAAUCGAGCAGCUAAAGGAAGGCAACGUAAUAGCCGAGUUCGACCACUACGACGAAAUCCCGGCUAGGUUAGGUUUCUACGAAGGUAGACGAAGGGUCAGAAUUAUUGUAGGGGCGGGUUUCAAACCCGCCCCUGAUUUUUGUUCGAUCAUCGAUUAA